CUCUCUCUCUCUCUCUCUCUCUCUCUCUCUCUCUCUCUCUCUCUCUCUCUCUCUCUCUCAUUAAUGUUUUAAAAUAGCAAAAUAAAUGAUAACAGUAAAAAAAUAUUAUUACUAUUAUUAUUAUUAUGAUUAUUUGUGUGUUCAAUAAAUAUUUCAACUAUUAUUAAUGUUUUUUAUUAUUAUUAUUAAUAUUAUUCAUGUAGUAAAAGUCAGUGUUGCCAGAUCGCGGUCAUCUAAUUACGGGGUGCCAGGGAGCCGCGGGUAUAUAAGGAACCCCCAAGUCACUGCCAGCCUCAGUAGCGCCGCGGUCAGCGAAGGGGAAGGAGGGUUUACGUUGCGUCUUCCUCUGAAUCUUGCUUUUUUUUCUCCUUUCUUAACUAUAUCUCUAUUGUUGUCUGUGAAUGUUAAGUAAUUAAGUGACUAUUUAAGUGAAUUACUAUUGUUACUUGUUUUUUUGAGUGGUUUGUGGGUGUAUUUGAGAAUAUUUUUGGGUUAAGUUGAAAAUUUGACUUAAAAUUCACGAGUUUAAAUAAUAAUAAUAAUAAUAAUAAUAAUAAUAAUAAUAAUAAUAAAUAAUAAUAAUGGAAAAUAUUAUCACUACAACCACCACCACUACCCUCCUCUCCUCCUCUUCCUCUUCCUCCUCCUCCUCCUCCUCCUCCUCCUCGCUGACCUCCACGGGGUACAACAUAUCUGCUGCUGUCUUGUUUAUAAUCGCCAUAUUAGGAUUUGUAAACAACAUGGCGGUCUUCUGCGUGAUUGGCCGGAACAGAAAUCUACGGACUCCUCUCAACUUCCUACUAGUGAAUUUGGGCGCAUCGGACAUCGGAAUUAGUAUCGUUGGAGCUCCCGUUUCUAUGUGCGCGGCUCUGAUGGGCGGGUGGACCUUCUCUGACAGCGUGUGUGUCACCUACGCCUUCCUUAUGUCCUUAUUUGGCAUCACCUCCAUCACCACCCUGAUGGUGUUGUCGGUGGAGAGGUGGUUCAUCAUCACCAGACCACUACAAGCUAAAAGAUUUACGAGAAAAAGGGCGUAUUUCACCAUCUUGGGUACCUGGGUCUACUCAACGGUUGUCACAGCUCCACCAUUACUCGGCUGGGGUCACUACGGCAUUGAAGGACCAGCUAUAAGUUGCUCAGUUGACUGGGAAGCGAAAAAUACAUUGAAUUCUACUUAUAUAAUAUUCCUAUUCACGUUUGGUUUGGGAAUUCCUCUACUUAUAAUGGCAAUAUCUUAUUUAAUGAUACUUAUAAAACUUAGACAGCAUACCACCACCACCACCACCACCACCACCACGACCUCCCGAGCUGAGAGACGAGUAGCGGUAAUGGUACUCGUAAUGGUGGUAACGUUUCUAUGCGCGUGGCUUCCCUAUGCUGUCAUGGCGCUGGUUGUGGUAGUCGAUGGUGUUGACAGCAUCAGACCUGUUGCCUCCGUUUUCCCCGCCAUCUUUGCUAAAACAUCCUGUGUCUAUAAUCCGGUUAUAUACGUUGGUUUAAAUACACAGUUCAGGACAGCGUGGCUACAGCUUAUCCGUUGCAGGCAGACAGACAGACAAACGUACGUACAUACAACUGAGAGAAUUAGUAUUAGUAAUUAUUCCGAACAACAACAACAACAACAACAACAACAACAACAACAACAACAACAACAACAAGAAAUAUUCCUCGAUUCUAAAGGAAAGAACCACCUCGCAGUCCCAUUGAGAGAAUUUAAAGCUAGUUCACUUUCUUCCUCUGAGUAUACGAGUGUGAGCGACAUGUUGUAGAGAGAGAGAGAGAGAGAGAGAGAGAGAGAGAGAGAGAGAGAGAGAGAGAGAGAGAGAGAGAGAGAGAAAGAAAGACAGAAAGAGAGAGAAAGAGAGAGAGAGAGAGAGAGAGAGAGAGAGAGAGAGAGAGAGAGAGAGAGAGAGAGAGAGAGAGAGAGAGAGAGAGAGAGAGAGAGAGAGAGAGAGAGAGAGAGAGAGAGAGAGAGAGGAUUAUGACGAAAGCAAGGAUUAGAAAAAGGGAGAGGAGGAAGAAGAAGAAGAAGAAGAAGAAGAAGAAGAAGAAGAAGAAGAAGAAGAAGAAGAAGAAGAAGAAGAAGAAGAGGAAGAAGAUUAUAUAUAUACUACUACUACUACUACUACUACUACUACUACUACUAUUACGACUAUAAUAUUGUAAGAG